AUGGAGACAUCGGUGCGACCCGCCCCGCGUCUUGAGGAUCCCGCUCACGAGGCAAGUCUGGAUGCUUCCAUCCGGGAGCUUGAGAAUGCCGUAAAGGAGCAAGAACAAGCUUUGAAUGAGCUACGACUCCGAGAAGCAAACCCCAGGCCGGGGGAUGCGAAAGCUUCGCUAGAAAUAUUGAAGCGGGCCUAUGAUGAUGUCGCAAAAUCCGAACCCUUCUUCCCGCACAGGGAGUCUGUGUUGCCAGCUCUGCUUGCCAUGCGCAAGACGCAUCAGAUCAUCGCCGAGUCUCGGUCCUAUCUCGAGAGUCAAAGGACCACGCUGGAGAUGGCGACCAAACGGCUCGAUGUAGAACAGGCUAACCUCGCUGAUCAGAAAGCAUUGCAACGGGAACUCGAGAAAAGGCUCGAGUCCCUGCGCAAUGGAGCAGAGGCCAAGAAAGACAUGACCCCUGAGCAGAUUGCCCAGGACAAGUUGAGUGAGCUGAAACAGAAGAAGAGGGACUUCGACAAGGAUACGUCCAAGCUCCUAAAGUCUCUGAACCAGUUCAUCGACGACCAUGUGGCCGCAAUGCUGGCCGCAGAAGAGCUGGGCGGCCCGGUAGUCGGUGACAUGAUGGAGAUCGAUACCGAUGACCUGGCUGCGGGCUUCAGCGCCCAGGGCAAGCUGAAGAAGACGAAGGGAGACCCAGACCAGGACAAACGGCAACGUCGCAUCGACGACAUUUGGGGUAGCAACGAGCCAGACCAGCGAGCGUCUAGCAAGGGCCCAAGAAAUGAGGCGGCUGCAGCUGGUAAAGAGCUGCGAGGGCUGUUGGAGGAACUGCUGAACAGCCUCAUGGCAUCAGAAGGCGACGCCUCCGCGGCAUAUGUCAGGAUACCGCGAGACUCGGCCGCAUCCCGAUUCCUAGUUCGCUCCCAUGUUGCUCAGUUCCAUCCGAAGGAUGCGACUAGGUUACGUUUGAUUGAUUUUGGACGAGACUUGGACGACUAG